CCAUCACCUCCCUUUCUUCAACUCAUCACGCGCUUCACGUACCUUCGCUCGCGCUUUGCCAUCUGAAAUCAACCUCGUCGCUACGCCACGUCGUCAAAAUGGUCAAGAAGAAGCGCAACCACCCCGAUCUCCAAGACAAGCUUGACCGUCCAUGGUGCUACUAUUGUGAGCGUGAUUUCGACGACCUCAAGAUCUUGAUCUCCCACCAAAAGGCUAAGCACUUCAAGUGCGAGCGCUGCGGCCGUAGGCUCAACACGGCUGGAGGACUGGCUGUCCACUUGAACCAGGUCCAUAAGGAAACCCUCACUAGCGUCGAAAAUGCGCUUCCCACUCGCCAAGGCCUCGAGGUCGAGAUAUUCGGGAUGGAGGGCAUUCCCGAAGAAGUUGUCAAUGCUCACCAAUUGACGGUGCAGCAGCAGCACUAUGCUGAUAUCCAGAAUCGCGCAGUUGCGACUGGAAAUCCUCCAGGCGGCGGAGGUGUUCAGUCGAAUGGCAGUGCACCCAAGAAGCCAAAAAUCGAGGCUGCGGCGGACUUGAAGAAGCGGCUGGCUGAAUUUAAGGCGCGCAAGGCGGCGUUGGAAGCCAGAGGAGGCACAAGCAGCGGAGAUGUGACUCCGAUGGACGCAGGACAAGGAACACAGAGCCCUGCUGUAGGCCAUAGUCCAGCUGGAUUUCCGCCUGCGGGCUCGCCUCCAUAUGGAGCACCUCCACAGCAUUUCUCAGGCCCUCCGGGCGCGCAGGCGAGCCCUCAGCCGGCAUACUCUCCACCGUUUAGCCAGCACCAGUUCUCGCAGCCACCUCUGCAGCAUGGCUUCCCGCCACAACCUCACUAUGCUCCACAGGUAUCGUUUCCACCCCAGCCUGGCUAUGCCCCUUCUCCAGUUCAGCAUUUUGGUGGGAACCCAUAUGGUCCCCCUGGACCACAGUCGUUCCCACCUAGUGGUCCGCCUAGUGGUCCGUACCAGCAACAGUAUCAAGGCGGGCCACCUCGUCAAUUUGGUGCUGCGUCUCCGAUGACCGAUUUCAAUGGUGGGCCGCCGCGUUAUGCAUCUCCUACUAACGGCAUGUCCCAUCAGAGACAGGGCAGUCUGCCUGCUCCACCUGGCCUACCCCAGAAACCAGUGUCCAACGUGCCGCACGUCAAUUCGUACCAACUUCAACAAAUGCACCAAGGACAAGCUCCACCCGGUGCUCCUGGUCAACAAGAACUAAAAGGUCUUCCAAGCUCUGCGUUCGACGAAUCUGUCGAUGAGCUUAUCUCCGCCGCCGCCAGAAACGCUGAAGAAUCGUCGAAGACAACGUCACUGAACACUGAGAAAAAAGCAAAGAAGGACAAAGAAAAGAAUAUCAAGCUCAUAUACAACGAUGAGACGGUUAGCCCCGAGGAGAAAAUGGCAGCAUUGCCCAGGUACGCAUUCGUUCCAGAUCACAAGGAGGUCAUCAUGCAAGAUGCCCUCGAGGGUGCUCUCACGGGAACAGUGGGUGCGUAGUCAGGCAAACGACGCUUAGGGAACCUUUCAUCUGCUACUUUAAGACCUUUGAAUAUUGAGACGAGCCUUCUCGAACCAUCGAUUUGACGUGUCGCCAAAACAACACCACUCCUCGACAUUACGGCAUUACCCUCGAGCAGUUAAGUGUGGGACUUACAGAACAUCGUUGGUCUGGGGAAGUCGUUGAUAAUUUGCAGACGGGAUGAAUCUUCAUUGGCAACUAUCGUGGUGACGAUCGAAACGGACAUACCCGGGGACACAGUCGGGGUAAGUGAAUUUGCGGCUUUUUCUUUUUUGCACCAGAUGUUUCAAGUUCAGGCGGAUUCAUUGCGGGU